AUGGCUCUCAGGCGUUCAGCCCGAUUGGCUUCCAUCCCAACUAUCAAAGCUCCAGUGCAGAGCUCCCCACCCAAAAUGACAAGGGUGCAGAACAACGGAAUCAUCAAGCCCCGCAAGAUCUCUACAGCCAAAAAAGCAGCUCCAAAAGCAGCUCCCAUAGCACCCGCCAAGUCAGGAAGCUCAUACUGGUCCCCGGAACCGCCAGCUCCCGAGACCUCGACACAAAACCUAGCCGAUGAUCCUACCACCACCACUACUACUAAUCCCCCCGCAAACAACAGACUUCACACACCACCCCCUCUCGACCGCCCAGUCGACCCCCACCGAACAAAUGCAACUCUCCUCACACCCCACGGCUCCUCGGUCGCCGCCUACCCGCCUCGUGCAGAAGAUGCCUCGCCCUCGAAGACGGGACUUCCCCGCCCAGCCGCUACAACGGGCACCCUACUCGACCAAGCGAUUGCUCACCUGAUCGCCACAGAUCCGCGCCUGAAAACCGUAAUUGAGCAGCACCCGUGCCCACUCUUUUCGCCAGAAGGCCUCGCAGAGAAGAUCGACCCCUUCAACAGCUUGACGAGCAGUAUUAUUGGACAACAAGUCUCCGGCGCCGCGGCGAAGUCGAUCCGAAAUAAAUUCCUGGCGCUGUUCGGCAUGGAAAGUAAAGACGAUGGCUCGCGCUCAAGUUUCCCUUUGCCGGAGGAAGUUGCAAAGUGUGAUAUCGCAACGCUGCGGACAGCGGGAUUAUCUCAACGCAAGGCUGAGUAUAUACAGGGGUUGGCGGAGAAGUUUGCGAGUGGGGAGCUAAGUGCGAGGAUGUUGGCGAGGGCCAGUGAUGAGGAACUUGUCGAGAAAUUGAUUGCUGUGCGUGGGUUGGGCAAGUGGUCUGUGGAGAUGUUUGCGACUUUCGCGUUGAAGCGGACUGAUGUCUUCUCAACUGGAGAUCUGGGCGUGCAGAGAGGUUGCGCAGCGUUUGUCGGUCGAGAUGUGAGUAAAUUAAAGGGCAAGGGCGGUGGUAAGUUCAAGUACAUGGCCGAAAAAGAUAUGUUGGAGCUAGCUGCCAAGUUUUCUCCGUACAGGAGCCUCUUCAUGUGGUACAUGUGGCGAAUUGAGAAUGUCGAUGUGGCUGUUCUGACCGGGUGA